AUGACGCCCUCGACAACUUCCUCCACGGUAUCGCAUAGUUUGCCGGCAAUUCCCUUCGCAAGCAAGCUUAGUGAACAACUUUCCCAGCGGAAGGAGCAGGGCGAGUCCACUCCCAAUGUCGACUCUUCCAGUGAAAGAACUCUUUCCCUGGGGCCGCCAUUAAGGCCUUCUCCGAAAUCGCGAUCGUUGUCGGACGCGGCAAAACCGGCGUCAUCCCACCAGCCAACUAUAGAAGAGGGUCGCCCGUCCAGCAAAGAUGAUACUUCUCUCUCCUCCACCACCUCUUCCGCUCCAGAAACUCCACAGCGACCUACACUACACCCCGGCCUGUCUAGCCUUUCUACCAAACCAUCUGGAUCCCCCGCAUUAUCCAACCGCACGCCACUCUCCCCCAAACUAGACCCAUCCCACAUCUACGGUUCCCCAGGCUCUGUUCUACCUCGACGUUCCAGGGGGCUCGACUUCUCGCGUGCAUGUACCAACCUUCAUCACUCCACGCUUGCGGAAUCAUCGCCAGACUCGUCGCCCAUCGUGGGAGGUCGGGGGAUGGCUAUCCCACAGCGCCGUGGUUCGCCUGGAUCUACAUCUGCACACCCAUUCUCCACCUCCGGUCCCGCUGAUAAGACGACCGUGUCGAGCUCAGUAUCAAGCGUCAACAUGAUGGAAUCAGACACCAGCAGCAGCGAGGAUGAUGAGGAACCCAUGAUGCAGGAUCGAGACGACAUGAUCAUGAAUACCCCCCAGGCAAGCAAGAUGGGAAGUGGACCGAGUCCCUUUGCACAGGGAAAUAUCUCCAGCCCUGGCAAUGACUGGAUGGGAAAUUACUCCCAGGCUGCGGCAAGUUUGGCGAGUUUCCAACGUGCCCGGUUCCGCACCCGCCGCAGUAGACACAGUUCGAGCAGCAAUAGCGGCAACAGCUCCAAGCCCAGCCCUGGACCUUUCUCGCCCCCGGUCAUGAAUAGCAUUGAGAACCAAAGUGGAGGGUAUUUCAGCAGCAAGGCUGGAAUCGCUCAACGGCGUGAGAGCUUGAGCUUGGGAACCCGCGAUUUACGGCUGUCGGACCUGAGCGACGAGGGCGAGUCUCGUGCCGCCCGAGCCCAUAGUCCCAGUACCUCCCAUUCGGAGGGUGGGCCGUUAGGUGUCAUACGCCGUGCAGUGACCCGCCGAGGUAGCUUAUUGCCCAAAACAAAGACCUUUGCUAGGAUACGAGCUGCUCUUAUGGAGGAGAGCGCGCCGAUCGACUGCGAAGCGAAACGUGAAGCGGAAGUUAUCCGGCAGGUCCGGGAGAGCGAGCCAGAGAUGCCGCAAAAAUCCCCAAGUCUCGACGCCUUCUCCAACAUCAACCCAUUCCAACCUGCAGAGCCGAAACCUUUCGAGGACAUGGCCGUUAAAUCGGGAACCUCUGUGCCUGACGAACCUAGCUUCAGCGACACCGCCCAUCGCAACUCCCGUGGUGCUGAAUUCUGGAACUCUUUCGAUGAGCGAUACCGUACUCCUCCGCCGCCCCCGCUACGUCAGUUCGGCACUUCCAUAUCGGAAGACGACUCCGCCAUGGACAUGACGCCGUCAACCACCACUCACGGGUCUACUAGUGAAUUUGCGAAGCCGGGAGAGAGACCCAGUUCGCGAUGCUCUACAUCCAACACGGCUCAAUCCGCUGCGAUAGCUGAGAUCAAGAGGAAGCGCCGACGGGACGAUGAUUUUGACCCCAAUUUGUUCAAGCGAAGGGCUGUGUCUCCGAGUAUGAGUGUGCAGAGCAGCCCCGUCAUGCCUAAUUCACCAGCCGUCAAGGACUCUGGGGCUAACAUUUGGGGACCACCGAAAUCUAAUCUUGGGUCUCUUUUUCCUGAGCGUCCCGGGACAGACACGGGCAAUCGAAACAGUGCCGGUGCUCACUCUGGAACCUUGAAGCGAGUUGGUUUGCAGGGCAUGAACGAAACCAACGACGGACUGAUGAAUAUGACCAUCGAGUGA